AUGGAAAGUCCGGUUCUCUACUGUUCUGAACAUCUGACUAAAGAAGAUGAUGAAGAAAUGCAACAAGAAAAUGGCGGCGAUGGUGAUGACGACGACCACAACAACAAUGAUGAUGAUGAUACUGGGAUAUUGAUCAGCCGAGAAAUCACCGACGUUCGACUUAAUAAUCAAGAAGUUGAAGUACUUGUCAAUGACAAUUGGAAUCAAGAAAUUCGAACUCAUGCAAUCCGUUACAUUCGCAGAACAGCGCCACAAUUUCGAUUGAGAAGACGAACAAUUUACAGAGCAGUGAUGUAUGUUGACAGAUUUCUUUCCCAUCGAAUAAUAGAUAAUGGACAGUUCUGGGCAGUGAGGUUAUUAGCAGUGACUUGUUUAUCAUUAUCUGCAAAAAUGAAUGAAAACAUAGAUGAUGUGCCACCAUUAUCAGACUAUCCAGUAGGAGCUUACAACAUUAAUGUGAAUGCCAUAAGGAGAAUGGAGAUUUUGGUUCUUAUUGAAUUCAAUUGGGAUAUGAAUUGUGUUACUCCUUUUGAUUUUAGAAAUUUUUUCAUAUCAAGAUUCUGCAGAGAUGUUACAAGAAUAGACAUAACUAGAAUGAAUACUGUUGUAAUCAUCAUGAGUGUUUUAAGAGAUUUGAGGAUAAUGAAUCAUAGACCAUCUGUAAUAGCAGCUGCUGCAACAUUAUUAGCAGUACACGGAAAUGUCACCAUACAAGAAUUGGUGAUUGAGAUAAAUGCUUUGCCUAUAAAUGGAUUUCUUCAAAUUGCUGGUGUGAGUUACUGCUACCAUAGAAUGCUGGAGCUGAACGUUUGA